GUGUAAAGUCCCCUGCAGGUGAAACCGUCUCACUGUCCCGCUUCACACUCACACAACUUCACUUUCUGCACACCGUCUUUUUCUUCCGUUCUUUAUGUCAUUUCCUGUGAUGAAAAAUGGUGGUCCAAGCUGCUCAGGGAGGCGACUGAGUCGCUGCUGAAAAAAAUUAAAUUCAGCCAGAAACUUAAAGCAUCGGCGGGAAGCCGCGGAGCCUGCAGCCGGGGGCUCGGUGCUCCGCAGCCGGGGGAGGGAGAGUCGAGCUUCGCCCGGGCCGGGACAGAGGCUCCGUGUCCCCGCUGCGUCUCUGCACACGAGUUGUGACGAGCUGAUUUCCACCAACAUGGUUCCACCAUGAGCGAGCCUUCCUCGGACCUCUGGUUCUGCGAGGACUGCCAGGAUUAUUUCCCCGAGUGUCCGUCCCACAGGCCCCCGGUGUUUGUCCCCGACACCCCCGCGGCCCCGGGCUCGGCCAACAGGGCGGCGCUCACGGUCCCGUCCGGCCUGGAGGUGUUCAGCGAGGGGGGCGAGGUGGACGUUCGCUGCCUGGAGCCAAACUUCCCCAAGGGGGCGGUCUUCGGCCCGUACGAGGGCCAGCUGGUGUCCAAGGACCAAUCAUCUGGCUCCUUCUCCUGGAUAAUUGUUGACGUUAACAACUCGUACCAGUCCAUCGACGGCAGCGACGCCACCAGAGGCAACUGGAUGAGGUUUGUGCGGACGUCUUCAGAGGAGAGCGACAGGAACUUGACGGCGUUUCAGCGCGGUAGAAACAUUUACUUCAGCGUGUGUCGGCCGCUGGCAGCGGGAGAGAGGCUGAGGGUCUGGUACGGCGAGGACUACAUCCAACGCCUCCACGGAGUCUCUCAGGAGAGCAUCGGCCAGAACCUGGACUCAGAUUCGGGGAAGCUGGCGGUCCUGCCGAACCUCCAGGAGAACUCUAAGUGUCCGUGUGUGCAGUCGGCUCUGCAGGCUAAACCCAGCCAGGAGUCGGUGCAGGCUAAACCCAGCCAGGAGUCGGUGCAGGCUAAACCCAGCCAGGAGACGGUGCAGGCUAAACCCAGCCAGGAGACGGUGCAGGCUAAACCCAGCCAGGAGACGGUGCAGGCUAAACCCAGCCAGGAGACGGUGCAGGCUAAACCCAGCCAGGAGUCGGACGGCCAGCCUCCUGCCAAGAGGAAGAAGAUCGACCUCAUCUUCAAAGACGUCGUGGAGGCGUCGCUGGAGUCCCGCGCCUCGCUCCACGGCGGCUUCACCGUGCCGAAGCUGAAGGUGGAGGAGACGGAGGAGGAGAAGCAGAGCAGCCAGGAGGCCUCCACCUCCUUCUGCCCAAACUGUGUCCGACUGAAGAGGAGGAUCCAGGAGCUGGAGGACGAGCUGUCCCGAGUCAGGGGGGAGAGACAGGAAGUGGUCGCUGCACCGAUGUCUGGACAGACCCACCGCGAUCAGGCCCCACCCCACCGCGAUCAGGCCCCGCCCCACCGCAAUCAGGCCCCGCCCCACCGCGAUCAGGCCCCGCCCCACCCCGAGCAGGGCCCCGUCGAGGACUUUCAAGGGAUGGAGCCGCUGACGCCCUCUCAGGCGGUUCUAGACGAAGACGACCCGGACGUGGACUCAGCCGACGAGUCGAUCGCUGCAGAUCUCGUGAUUUCUCCGGAAGACUCGCUGAAGCUUUCGUCCGCGGGCGGCCGUCGGAUUCGCCGCUUCAAGCAGGAGUGGCUGAAGAAGUUCUGGUUCUUGCGCUACUCGCCGACCCUCAACGAGAUGUGGUGCCACGUGUGCCGCCAGUACACGGUCCAGUCGUCCCGCACCUCUGCCUUUAUCGUCGGCUCCAAGCAGUUCAAGAUCCACACCAUCAAGCUGCACAGCCAGAGCAACCUGCACAAGAAGUGCCUGCAGCUGUACAAGCUGCGUAUGCAUCCCGAGAAGACGGAGGAGAUGUGCAAGAACAUGCUGCUGCUGUUCAACGCCGCGUACCACCUGGCCACGGAGGGACGGCCCUUCUCCGACCUGCGGGCGCUCGCCGAGCUUCUGAAGCGCUGCGAGCUCAAAGUGGUGGACCAGUACAUGAACGACGGAGACUGUCAGAUCCUACUUCACCACAUCGCCCGCACGUUGAAGGAAGACCUGGCAGAGAAGAUGCGCCUGUCGCCUUUCCUGAGCGUCAUAAUGGACGCCCAAAACGACGAUCUUUUCUCAGACAUGGUUGCCGUUUACGUCCAGUUCAUCACCAACGAGGGCUCCCCGAGCACGGAGUUCCUGUCCUUGCAGAGGCUGAGCGUGGCCAGCGUGGACGGGUAUCUCCAGGCAUUGGAUCGAGCCUUCGGUGUCCUCGGCUUCCGGUUCCAGGACUUGCUGGUAGUCGGUCUGGGCGUGGACGGCACCAACAUGUCUUCGGGGAUGCGAGCGAGCCUGUACGUCGCCGUGCAAAAGAGUUUUCCGUGGAUCCUGUGCCUUCCCGUGAUGAUCCACCGGCCCCAUCUGGAGGUGUUGGAUGCCAUCAGCGGAAAGGAGCUCUCCUGCCUGGAGGAUCUGGAGAACAACCUGAAGCAGCUGCUCAGUUUCUACCGCUACUCCCCGCGCAUGAUGGCGGAGCUGCGAUGCACGGCGCCCACGCUGUCAGAGGAGACGGAGUUCCUUGGAGACAUCCGAGCCAUUCGGUGGAUCAUUGGGGAACCCAACGUCCUGAACGCGCUCAUCAAAGAUUACCUGGAGGUAGUGUCCCAUCUGAAGGAGAUCAGCAGCCAGACGCAGAGGGCCGACGCUGCAGCCAUCGCCCUCUCCCUCCUCCAGUUCCUGCUGGACUACCAAUCAGUGAAGCUCAUCUACUUCCUGCUGGACAUCAUCGCCGUCCUCUCGCGGCUCGCCUUCACCUUCCAGGGCGAGCACCUGCUGGUGUCGGCGGUGGAAGCCCGGAUCCAGGACGCCAUCCUGGAGAUCGGCCAGCUGGUGGACUGCCCCGGGGAAUACCUGCAGGAGUUUGAGGAAAACUUCCGGGAAAGUUUCAACGGCGUCGCUCUGAAGAACCUACGCGUCGCCGAGUCCAAGUUUCAGUCGAUCCGGGAGAAGAUCUGCGACCGGAGCCGGGGGAUUCUGUCUCAGAGGCUGGACCUGCAGAGCCGCACAUUCGCCAAAGCCUGCAAGGUCCUGGAUCUGUCCGCCUGGCCACCCAACCGGGAGGAACUUCAUGCGUACGGCGAGGAAGAGAUCCAGGUGAUAUUCAACCAUCUGGAUUCGGUUCCGUGUGGCGGUGCGGAGGGUUCCCAGGCGCGCACGGAGGCGAGGGGCAGCCUGAACGUGGAGUGGAAGGAUCUGAAAGCCGACUUCUGCAGCAUGAACGGUUUUAAAGAAGUGGUGGGACACAUCUGCCGGUACAAGCAGCGUUUCCCGCUGCUGAACCGCGUGGUGCAGGCAGUGCGGGUGCUGCCCAGCUCCACGGCCUGCUGCGACAAAGGCCGCGGCGCCCUGACCAAGAUGUGCAGGAACAACCGCUCGCGGCUGACUCUGGAGCAGAUGAACGACCUGCUGGCGGUGGCCGUUAACGGGCCGCCCAUCGCCAGCUUCGACGGGAAGCGAGCGCUGGACAGCUGGUUCGAGGAGAAGUCCGGCGGCAGCUACUCUCUGACGGCCGAGGUGAUGAACAGGAAGUCGGCUGCGGAACAGAAGUCCGUCCUGCACAGCGUCGACGUCAACACGGAGUUCUACCCCGACAUCUGACAGCCGGACACUACAUUAAGACCGUCAGAGAAUGUCAAAUGGCGCGUUGCCACCACAU